CUAUACCCUAGUCGUUCACGUCAAAAUUGUUGAAUUUGUGUUUAUUUCUGUUUCUGUUAUAAUAAUCGUAAUUAAAGUAAACAGAAUGGCUGAAAACGUAAAUAUAGACCUAUCAGGGGAAAUUAAUGCUACUACAGAGAAGAAAGGCUUACAAAAGUAUGUGAAUGACAUGGAAUUGAUUCUGCAGCAUGUUCGAAGUGGUGCAGCUCCAGCCCUCCUCUUGGGCUUCAUUAACACCCGGAGACCUUGGACCCAGUUUGUGGCCACUGAGAACUUUAAGGUGCCAGCGUCGGUGCCCAGGCUGACACGGCGGUUCUAUCGCAAUGUAGAAUAUUUCCAAGGAAACUACUUGAUAGUCUUUAUAGGCCUUUUUAUUUAUUGUCUCAUCACAACUCCACUACUGCUAAUUGCGAUGGUUGCUAGCUUCUUCGGCUAUCGGAAGUUGACGUCAGGUCCUAACAAUUGGAAGCCAAGAAUCGGCGGUUGGGAGCUUAGUAAGACACAGCAGUACGCGGUGGCUGCAGCUGCCUCUAUGGUUAUUUGCUGGCUAGCUGGAGCUGGAGCCGUGCUCUUUUGGGUGCUCGGUGCGACUGUGACGGUAGUGGCUCUUCAUGCGGGUUUCUACGACGCCGAGUCUCUACCGCAGCUCGAAGACCCGGAGCAAUUCCCCAUGAUCGAGCAGAGUUGUUUGACGCUCCUUAUUGAUUCCUUACUGAAGUCGGAUCAAAUCAAGCCGAAAACAGAAGUCAUUGAAAUCUCUGAAUCUAUUCCUGUAGUUGAAAAAUUAGAUACAAAAAAGCUUUCUGCCAUUCAGAAGACAUAAGUAUUUAUUUAGUGUUGGUAACAUAUUAUAUAUGUAAUAGUUAGGAUAAAAAAAUCUAGUAAUAGUUAUUUUAAUUAAACAGGGGCUCUGUCUUAAGUAUUAUUACUGAUGAUAAUGGAAUUUGAUGUUGGUCUAUUUCAUCGACGUUUUAAGGUUUAGAUAUGUAGUUAAAUAAAUUAAUAUAUCCGUGGCUUGGUACACGAAGUGCCUAUUACUUGCGCAAUUCUUUUACCGAGCCUCAGUUAUAUGUUUAAUGUUUCGUUGGUGCUUAAUAUUUUUAAAAACUGUACACCUUGUCC